AUGCUAACUUCUGCACCAUUAUUUCUUCAUUUUCCCGUCGACCAUAAACCAUUAAUACUCACAACCGACGCAAGUGGUAUCGGAGUCGGAGGUGUUUUACAACAAAAAGUAGAUGGUCAAUUACGUAAUUUAUAUUAUCACUCACAAUUGAUGACACCUUGUGAAAAAAAAUAUAGCACUAUUGAAAAAGAAGCACUUGCUAUAUAUAAAUGUUUUGCAAGAAUGCGACCAUUUCUGUUAGGCAGAAGCAUCAUCCUUAUGACAGACCACUGUCCAUUAUGCAACAUCAUGCAUAAAACUGUAAGAAAUGUAAGAGUAGAUAGAAUUGCUACUUUAAUACAAGAAUAUAAUAUUGAACAAGUAAUUCACAUUAAGGGUCGGGAAAAUUGUUUACCAGAUUAUUUAUCCAGGCAUCCAAGAGAACAGGAUGACGAAUUAUAUGAUAUUGAUUAUGGCAUUGCUAGUAAAGAGAAUUUCUUGCAGCCAGAAUUUCCGGCUGAAGGAGCACAAGUCUCUUUGCUACGUUCCAAUAAACCACGAUUAGUAGCAGCAAUGACUUUAAGAUCACGUAAGAAUAAGAAUCAAACAGUUCAAGUAACAACAAUCCCAGAUAACGAAGAUGCACUAAAUAAUAAUGACUUUAACUCUGAAUCCGAUAAAGAUACACCGUCUACUUCACCCAUACCAUUAAAUUUCUCGUCUAAUCAUUUUGAUGUCACGAAACUGAAAGAGGAGCAACAGAAAGAUUCCCAUAUACAACACAUAAUACAGCAACUCAAAGAAAAUCCGGGUAAUCCAACAUUCACAUGCAAAGAUGGUCUUCUCUAUAAACUUAUCACACCAUCACGUUUUUCAAAAACCAACGUUCCGGUAGUUUAUUUAUCAUCAUUCAUGAUAAAACCGCUUCUUCAUGCUUGUCAUGAUGAUCCAAUGAUCGGAGGACACUUUUCUACUAAUAGAACAUAUAAUAAAAUUCGAACUCAUUAUUGGUGGCCAAACAUGAAACAUACUAUUAAGAAGCAUAUACAAUCUUGUCUAUUAUGUCAGCAAUACAAUAUAAGUCGUUAUAAAAAACACGGCCAUCUUCGACCAAUCCCACCCCACGACGGACCUUUCAUGUUAGUCGGCAUCGACUAUUGUGGUCCCUUCAAAAGGACACCGCGUGAAAAUCAGUACGUACUUGUUAUAACUGACUACUUCACUCGACACAUAACAGCGAUAGCCCUACCUGACUGCAGUGCUCAAACGACAGCACAAGCACUAUUCAAUGAUUACUUCUGUAAAUAUGGAAUUCCAGCAGUUAUUAUUAGCGAUCAAGGUCCACAUUUUCAAAACAUUUUAAUGGAAAACAUUCAAAAAUAA